AUGAAUGGUGGCUCGGAUUUCCAGCAGCUUCAGGACUCGCCUUAUCAUUCCGAUGCCUCCGCGCCAGCGCCCAAAACGCCUCGGGUCUUGGCGUGCAACCACUGUCAGCAUCGCAAAGUGAAAUGCAAUCGCGUGUUUCCUUGCAACAACUGCAUAAAGGCCAAUGUACCUUGCGUGCCAUCAACGCCUGCUCCAGCGCGCAAGAGAAGAGCGCCAAAUGCGUUACUGCAAGAGAGGAUCAAGAACCUUGAAGCUCUUCUGGAGCAGUACACUUCCCAAGACUCGCCCAAGCAAAGUUCUGACACAAAUGGAUUGACUCCCCAUGAUCCGAUGGAAUUAUCUGCCAGAUCUUCGCCGGCUCAGUCUAACGGACACGGCGCUCAGACACCAACUGGUCCUGGCAAAUUGGUAGUUCGGAAUGGAGGGUACAAAUUCCUGGAUAGCUACAUUUGGGGGAGAAUACAUGAGAACAUCUCAGAAAUGCGUCAUAUUCUUGAUGAGGACACGUCAGAUGAGGAGAACUGCCAUCCCACCGAUUCACCCGCUCCCCACGAAGACGAUGACCUUCUAUUAGCCAGGACUUCCUCUCUGAGUAUCAAUGACCAAGCUCCUUUGCCUUUUCAGAUCCUUCGCUUAUGGCAGGUGUUUCUCGAGAGAGUCAACCCUGUAACCAAAAUGAUCCACACUCCAACUACAGAGCACCUGGUAAUCGGCGCAAUGACAAACCACUCUGAUAUAUCGCACAAGAACCGAGCACUUUUAUAUGCCAUCUAUCUUGUUUCUGCCGUCACUUUGACAGGCGAGGAAGCAAUGACGAUGCUGGGCUUACACAAGGAUGAAGCUCUGCAGAUAUUCACCCAAGGCCUAAAGAUGGCCUUGAACAAGGUCAAUUUUCUUAGGAACUAUGAUAUGGUUGUUCUACAGGCUCUUGUGUUAUACUUGAUCGCUUUAGAAGGCCGUAGUAAUCAUGAUGCCGUAUGGGUACUCAGCGGCGUAGUUAUUCGCAUUGCUCACAAGAUGGGCGUCCACCGCGACGGAGAAACACUCGGCCUGACGCCUUUCGACACAGAGAUGCGUCGUCGGGUGUGGUGGCGAAUCGUCAUACUGGACUGCAUGUACGCCGCAACAUCGGGAAUGAACCCAACACUGUUACCGCUGGGUUGCGACACCAAGCUUCCACAUAAUAUCAACGACACAGAAUUCUCCCCAGAAUCCAAGGUGAUCCAGAACAAGCAGGGGACCACAGAAAUGGCUUUUGCUCUGAUUCUAUAUGAGAUCGUUCACUUUGUCAAAGAUCAUCAGAUGACCGAUUUCGAACACCUUCUGCUAGGAGGUCAAGACGUGGAGCCUGGAACGCCCGAGUAUGAUCUCUAUCACGAGUCGCUUGGAAAGUUGGAACAUCUCGCUGAUGAAUUCGACAAGACGAUGAGUGAAGUUGAGAAGCAGUACUGUGAUCCGUCAGGAGGUCCGCUUCAUGUCUUCGCACUGGCGUUGAGGCCUCACAUUCUGAGAGAAGUCAGAACCAUGGCGACACCGAUGGAUGAAACACCAGAAUGGGGAACUGAAGUAAUGAAUUCUCACGAUAACUUCUUUCGAAUCUGGCUUGCGCACAAUGAGAACGAAGUUGCGCUUCAUGAUCUUAUAGCGAAUGGUCCUUUUGCAUACUCAUCAAAGUCGCACUUUCACUUCGAUUCACUCAUCUUUCUCGCGGGUCAACUAGUCCAUCGCUCACCGGUUGGUUCUUUUACAGAACGGACAUGGAGCCUUUUCCAUAGGUUUUACCGCGAUCAUGAGGAGCUUUGGAAUCUAUCCCAGCUUAAGAACUUUCAGCUCGCAAGAUUGCUGCUCAAAGCUUGGGAACCAAGACAAAGGGCUCUCGAGCAGCUUGGGGCUCCCUUCGAGGUUCCUGAAUGUGUGCAGAAGCUUCGUAUUGCUGUCUCGCAGACUGGAUUGUCAUGGAUGAGCCCUAGAGAGGUGCCCUUUCAACCCACGAAUGGCGGUGGCCUAGGAGGUAUAGAUCAGAUGCAGAUGGGCACAAACGGGAGUGCCUCAACGGAUAUGUUUCAAAGCCCGACUAUGGCUGGGGACUGGUCCAUGGCUGGCAAUCUUCCAACCAUGGACAGUAUGGAUACGCAGACGCCAGUUCUUCCGAUCUUUGGCUUCUUCAAUAGUACGACAUGGUAG